AUGGCGCACCGAAAGGAUCUCAACGGCAUGCUAGGCACAGUCGUUGCAGACAGGCCCGACGAGUUUGGCCGCAUCUACGUCGAUGUCGGUGGUAAAACUGACCGGGCCAGAGUUCUCAAGGUGCUCCCCGACAGGCUCCAGGAAGAAGGCAAGGAGACCGUGCCCUCGUGGAUGCCAGCAGGGCGCGAUAUCCUAGAUCCUCUGGGGGCCAGCCCUUGGUCCUCCUCUGGGAUCCGCACCGGCUUCCCAGGCUUUGGCAUCUUGAAUGUGAAGCAAUGGAAAUCUCAGCCGGAGUUGGCUGACAAGCUACACCAAGUCCGUCCCUUCAGCGGGCAGCCGGCAGAUCUGGAGAAUGCGCUUUUGGGGGUGGUACGUGCAAACAGCAUGAAUGAGGUGUUGUUUGCACCGACGUGCGGCCUUGUCCUGGUGACGAAGGUCGAGGAUGCAGCUCUGCAGUUGUUAUGCCCAGCUCCACCUCCCCUGCCAGCACAGUACCUCGUGGUCGGGGACUUCAAGCGAAUGAAGUUCCUUGACAUUUGA